CGGGGAUAUUGUCAAGUUGACAUAGAUAUUGACAAAUAUUAUGAAAGAGAAUGUGUAAAGCAUAUGCAUACUCGUAUAUUAUUCGAAAACAAUAAUAUCGUAUCCACCACAAUUUGCGGACACUAUUUAAUUUAUUUUCACAAUCUGUUACGUUGCGAUCACAUUUUAUUAUAUAUACCAUAUUGCGACUGUUCCCUGGUUGUCAUAUCGGUUAGUUUACUAUCGUUCGCAAUUGUGUGCAUUGAUUCCGAUUCGGUACAAACGUUAACAAGUAUUUGGAAGCCUCUGUUAUAUGCGCAACAUUUUGGAAUUCAAACCCUCGCAUUUGUUUUCGUAUGCACAGUGAGUUCACGUUUUAAAUGUACGAAUAUGCAAUUAUUUGCAUAUAUACAAACCAGAAAUCACGGAGAUAUACGGAAUAUCGGGAAUGAUUUUGUGUACCUGAUCAUCCGUGUCCAAGAAUAUAAGCCGGAUACAAGUCAGGAAGUGACUAGAUACACAAAGCAUUUCAUAUCACACAAUGACUGUCAUUGGAUAUGGGAAGUGCACUCAUUCCCGACGCAUCUGAUCCGAAAUAUAAUCUGGGGAUACAAAAAUUAUGGAUGGCAAGGUCAUUGUCUAAGACAGGAAUGAAUUUGCCAGCAGUAGAAGGUCUGGUUCAAUACUUAUUUUAUAUUCGAUUAUCGGGUGAGGGACAAUAUAGUCAAUAACAAUAAAAAAACUAAAUUAUAACAAUAUCGAUGUUAUUGUCGUGUUG